GCUCAGCACACAAGAUAGCCAGUGGUGCUUACUGAGUAGCUAAUCGAUAUUUCUUUUCAUGCUCAUUAUUCAAUGUGUGGCCUUAUUUACUGCCCAUCAUUCAAACUCUGGCCUGAGCACAGAAUUGUCAACUUCUUCAUGGGUCUUUCCAGGGGGAACAUCCCAAGGCACAGGGCCGAGCGGAAUACAGAGCUCUACCUAGAAGGGGGCUGGAAUCUGAACUAGACUCCACGUACUCCCUGUUUGGUUUCAGUGUCUCCUACUGCAGCCACCGUGGCGGGGUAGCCGAGGGGCCGCGACAGAACUGGAGGAGGAGUAAAUCUGGGCUGCGGGUAGUCCCACGUGGCUGGCUCGGCUGGAUCCCUGCUCCGGCUCUUCCUGGCUUCCUCUUCCGUCCUGCCCGGAGCCUGUCAGGGGGGCUGGGGCCAGGCGGGAGCCUCUCAACUUUCAGCUGCCCGGGCGGGGCGAACCCUCCCCCUCGCUCGCGGCUCCGCUCGGCCGGGCAGGGAUCGGCCAGGCCAGCUGGCCGCAGGAGCUCGGAGACGGGGAAGGGGCGGCCCGGGAUGCGGGCGCAGAGCCGAGGCUGCUGAGCUCCGGGCAGUGCGCGGCGCUGCACGGCGGAGGCUCCCCGCACGAUGAAGCCCGACGGGAAGGUGGUGCUGCUGGGGGACAUGAACGUGGGCAAGACCUCCCUGCUGCACCGCUACAUGGAGAGGCGCUUCCAGGACACGAUCAGCACGGUCGGGGGCGCCUUCUACCUCAAGCAGUGGGGGCCCUACAACAUCUCCAUCUGGGACACGGCAGGACGAGAGCAGUUUCAUGGCCUUGGUUCUAUGUACUGUAGAGGAGCAGCUGCUGUGAUCCUUACAUAUGAUGUAAACAACUUGCAAAGCCUGAUAGAACUGGAAGAUAGAUUCUUGGCGCUGACCGACACUGCUAGCACCGACUGUAUCUUUGCUAUUGUUGGAAACAAAGUUGACCUCACAAAUGAAUAUGCCUUAUUACUAGAAGCAGAAGAGGAAAAUAGACCUGAAAAGCCUGUCACCAGUUGCAUCUCUACCAAGGUCCAAAAACAAGUCCACCUGGAUGAUGCUGUUGCACUCUACAAAAAGAUACUGAAAUACAAAACGUUGGAUGAGAAGGAUGUUCCAGCAGCUGAGAAAAUGUGCUUUGAGACCAGCGCAAAAACAGGCUAUAAGGUGGACUACCUCUUUGAAACCAUAUUUGAUAUGGUAGUACCAAUAAUUUUACGGCAGCAAGCUGAGGGGCCACUACAAACUGUAGACAUAACCAAUUACAAGUCAGCAAAAAGGACAAAAUCUGGUUGUUGUGCCUAAAACACUGAUGAUGUGGGGAGUGAGGGGAUUGUGUCUGUAUGUUAUGCUAGUGAUCAUGAAGUUAGAGAUGCUUACAGUUUGAGCAGAAAGGGAAAAUCAAGGAAUAAAUGAUCUAGAAUGAAGUAUGCAGAACAACUAAUCUUUUGAAGAUUAAAGGCUUUUGGAAAGUCCAAUCUAAUUUAUUUAUAGAAACAAAAAUCUGAAUGGAAUCAUGUGGGAAGCCUUGUAAAUUUCAUAGGGCCCUUGGGAUGGAGGAGAGAUCAUAAUGAAUGUACAGAAGUGGGAAUCUAUGCUAUGGUACUGUUUCCAUACAGAUCGGUACUGACAAUCAGUUAAGCACUCUCAAAGGAGUCCUGCUUUAUUUUUUAGAAUGCAUUAUUUUCUCCACAUUUAGUCUGCAACAUCUAAACCGUCACUGGAUGUAACUUUCACUUUUGUCCUGGAUGUGACUUUCACUUAAAAAAAAAUCAUUCAUUUUCUUCUGAGGAAUAUUUAGAUGCUGGGUACUUUUUUUUAAGCGUUACACAUUAUUUUUUUUCCAGAAUAUAAAUUGUAUAGAAAAGUCACUAAUCAAGCAAUUAAAUUAUCCUUUUGUACCAGAUACUGCAAUAUAAGAUGUACUAUUAAAGUUACUAUGGAAAUGAA